ACAGCUCUCCCAGGCCACGCACUCAGACAACUAUUGUUUUCAGUUUCUUAUCCAACGUGGCUUUGUUGAAUAUACACAUAGUUUGCGAAUACAAAACAUAAAAGAAAACUUUUAUGAAUUUGGCGAUUUUUCCUUAUUUCUCUGGACGGUGCAACAUGACGGCGGAGUUCCAUCCCUCGCCGGGCGGUGUGGCCAGCCCUGUGGCGAUCUCUCCUCACGUGAGCCUGGACUCACCGGUCCCUCCAUCCCUGCUCCACGAGCCAGCAACCAGGGACGCUGUUCCGGUCAAAUCCGAGCCUCGCGCUAGCAGCCGCAGCCCUGAAGGGCUCUGUCUGGGUCAAACGGAGGAGGUGUCGCAGACCGCGAGCCGAAGGAGGAAGAGGCCCGUGCAACGAGGGAAGCCACCUUACAGUUACAUCGCCCUGAUAGCGAUGGCCAUCGCCAACUCCCCGGAGAGGAAACUGACGCUCGGGGGCAUUUACAAGUUCAUCAUGGAACGCUUUCCUUUCUACCGCGAGAACUCAAAGAAAUGGCAAAACUCAAUCCGCCACAACCUCACCCUCAACGACUGUUUCGUGAAGAUCCCGCGCGAGCCCGGCAGGCCGGGUAAGGGCAACUACUGGACGCUCGACCCCGCCGCCGAGGACAUGUUCGAUAACGGGAGUUUCCUGAGGAGAAGAAAACGGUUUAAGCGUACAGACGUCAGCACUUAUCCCGGGUAUAUGCACAGCUCCAGCGCAUUUACGCCGGCUCCAAGCGGACGGCAGCCAUAUGCGGCCGGGUACCAGGGUAUGACGUCGGGCUACGGCUCUCCGCUACCGGGCUCCGCUCACCCAGCGGUGUUAAAUCACUAUCAUACGUCGACAGCGGUCGCUCACGUCCAGCCCAGAAUGUUCAGCAUUGACAACAUUAUUAGUCAGCAGUGUGUCAUGCCAAACGGACCAGAAGCAGACCUUAAUCUGCAGUGUCUCGGUCUCGGUACCGGAGACCCGGGCUCGAUGAUCACGACCUGCUCGGUAUCCGCCACAGACCCCACUGCCUUCCAGACGCAGGCCGUGAAUCCUGCAGCAAACGUGUUGGGCCGAACUACCGGUCCCCUCGCCUCGAUGGCGUCCGGUUACAUGUACUCCCCCUCGUCCUCCCCUCCUCACACGGCCUCGGUAACGCAGCCGAGCUGCUCCUCCGGUAGCUCGCAGGUGUUUUGUGUGAAUGAUAGAAUCUCGUUGCCAACGGUGCGUUCCGGCUCGUGCGCCGAACACUCUGAGCAGCCGCUGGGCCUCUCGGGACCAGCCGUGAACUCUUACAACUCAUACACGCGCCAAGCGAACUUUACCCCUGGGCUUGAGCGGUACAUAUGAUGUUCUCUUAGAAACGGAGACAAAACGGAAUACUCGAUGAGGAUAUAUUCAAAUAUAAACGUGCGUUUGGCUGAAUGUGUUUCGCCCAGCUGCCAGAAUGGCCGAGUGAGUGAGUGAGGCUUUAUGUUUUUACCGAUACGUCUACAUCUUUUAACAGAGUAAACACGCACACUGAAAUGUACAGUGCUCCAGCAGAGUUCGUUCACCCUGUAUAAUUUCAGUCAUGAUAUCAAAAUUUAUAUUUAGAACUGUUCACGCUAGCCUGUAAACUGGAUCAACAUCAACGGAGGUCUCACGAGCAGGGCGAGAGCGUGUUUGAACGCAGUCUGAGAGAGUGCUUGUUAUUCUUAUUUUCGUCUUGCGUUUU